CAGGAAGCUGAAGGAGAGGCCAGGGGCAGCUAGUCAUGCGAACACUUGCUCGCAGGCUGGACUGAAAACUCAAUGCAUUAUAUCAAAAUAAACUUGGUUUAGCUCCAUUGAAGUACACAACAAACUAAAGGAACAACAGGCCAAUGCUGCGCUUGCUGUGGGCUCUCAGCCAAGAUGGAUGACAUAGAUGCAAUGUUCAGUGACUUGCUGGGGGAGAUGGACCUCUUAACCCAGAGUUUAGGGGUUGAAACAGUUCCACCACAACCUCCCCCCAGCAAUGAACUCAACUAUUCCAUUGGAUUUAAAGACUUAAAUGAGUCGCUCAAUGAACUAGAGGACAAUGAACUGGAUGCUUUAAUGGCAGAUCUGGCAGCAGAUGUCUAUCAACCCGAAAUAAACCUAACUUCUUCAACUCUGCCUCCUCCCCCUGAAGAGUACAGCUUCAGUGCUCUUACAAGUAAUUUCCCAGCGGCUCCUAACAGUUUGCAUUGCAGUGGCUUGUUGCCACUUCCUCCACGUCAGGCUGUUCCUGCUCCUGUUUCUGCACCCCCUCCUGAGCCCUCAGCACCACUAUCACAGGAAGAAAAGGAGGCCCAGGCAAAAGCUGACAAAAUUAAACUUGCACUAGAAAAGCUUCAAGAAGCCAAGGUUAAAAAGCUUGUUAUUAAAGUGUUGAUGAACGACAGCAGCUCCAAAACCCUGAUGGUGGAUGAAAGGCAGACGGUUCGAGACAUUUUAGAUCAUCUUUUUGAGAAGUCGCAUUGUGACUGUAGUGUGGAGUGGUGUUUGUAUGAGAUUAAUCCUGAUCUACAGAUAGAGAGGUUCUUUGAAGACCAUGAGAAUUUAGUGGAAGUCUUAUCUCAAUGGACACGAGACAGUGAAAACAAGAUUCUGUUUGUGGAAAAACCAGAUAAAUAUGCUGUUUUUAAAAACCCUCAGAAUUUUUACAUUGGGAAGAAAGAAAAGAAAGAGAAAAAAGACAUGAAGGAAAAAGACAAGGAGUCCUUACUGAAGGAGAGCUUCUGUGGAACCUCUGUUAUUGUACCCGAUCUUGAAGGAGCUCUUUAUUUAAAAGAAGACGGAAAAAAGUCCUGGAAGCGUCGCUACUUUCUUCUUCGAGCCUCUGGAAUUUAUUACGUACCCAAAGGAAAGACUAAGACUUCACAGGAUUUGGCGUGCUUCAUCCAGUUUGACAAUGUGCACGUCUACUACGGCACGCAGUACAAAAACAAAUACAAGGCACCAACAGACUACUGCUUUGUUCUGAAGCAUCCACAGAUCCAGAAGGAGUCGCAGUACAUCAAAUACCUGUGCUGUGAUGAUCGGUGGCUGAUGCACCUCUGGGUGACGGGAAUAAGGAUAGCCAAGUAUGGAAAGACAAUGUAUGACAACUACAAUAUAGCUGUGCAAAAGGCUGGACUGGCAUCAAGGUGGUCCAACCUGAGCAAUGUAGAAUCGAAAGCUUCUUCAGGAACAGCUGCGGUUCGGGCAAAUGGACAUCAAGGUCAAGCGCCUCCCUCUGUCAGCACAGCCUUUUCUGAGGCUUGGCAACGGGCCGAAAUGACAAAGGAUAAUAAGACGAGUGGUGGGGGGAACCCCUCUUUUCUGCCUCCACCUCCCCUAGAAGAACAACUGCCACCGCCACCACCUGACCCAGUGCUGAAGAUGCCCCAGCCUAGCCCUACAGUAACCCCCAGAGUGGCCCAGCGGUCCCCAGGCAUCGCACACAAACCACAAACCUACUUCCCUCCACCGCCUCCCAUCCAAGAUGACGAGUACCUCCCUCCACCUCCUGAUGACUUUCCAGAGCCUCCCCCUGACUUCCUCCCCCCUCCACCCCCAAACCCAGUGGCUACUUCCGGGGGCUCUGCUGCCCCCCCUCCUCCUCCCCCACCCCCCCCUCCGGUGGCCACCGCCCCACCCCCUCCGCUGAAGAGAAUUGGACCCCCACGUCCCAUGAGGACCACACCUGUCUCACCAGCAGCAUCCAGCUCGGGUCAGCAAGACUUCAUGUCAGAAUUGAUGAAAGCCAUGAAUAAGAAAGGCAACAAAUAAGGAGCUGCAUACUAAAGAUCAGAGAGCUGUUCUUUGGCAUUUUCAAUAUGUAAAUAGGAGGCUACCAGGCACUUGCUUUUGCUUUUUAUGUCUUCAUUUUCUUUCUUUUUUUUUUUUUUUUU